AUGGAAGCCCCUGAGACCCUCGUUCCCAUCCAUGCCCACGAUGCUUCUACCAAUCGCCAUGAAGUCUCGUCCACGUCCCAGGCAAAGAACCAUUCUGCGAAUGACGCCGCAACCACAAUCAUCCUGCCUGAUCUGUUUGUGUCCAUAAUGUCACCCUCUCCACGGCUGAACCCGCUGUACGAGGUCGUCAGGCCCGCGUCCGAGGCUUUCACAAAGGAGCUCUUGGGCUUGGACGCGGCAUCUUUCAAGAAACACCGCCGAGUCAACUUCAGCCUCCUCGCCUCCAUGUGGAUGCCAGAGGCCGACGCCGAGGGCCUCCGCGUCAUGGUUGACUGGCUCACCUGGGUGUUCUUCUUUGACGACUUGUUUGACGACGGCGAGCUGCGCGACGAUCCAGUUGGCGCCCAGGCCGAGGCCGAGGCCACUCUAGCCUUGAUGUCAGACCACGAGCAGGAAGUAUCACGCGAGCUGCAUCCUCUCAGAUACUUGUUCUACACCACGUGGGUGCGGUUUCGCAACGUACUUCUAGCCCUGCAAACCCGGUACAGAAAGUGCAUAGAGGAGUAUAUCACCGGUGUCGUACGGCAGACGGGCGCCAGCCUCGUGGGUGCCGACAUCAGCGUUGAGCAGUACCUCCACUGGCGGCGAAAGUCGGUGGGUUUGCGGCCCUGCCAUGCCCUCAUGGAAUACGCAUGCGGGAUACAGCUCCCAGACUACGUGCUGGCCCACCCGGCCGUUCAGGAGUGUGUCAUGGUGUCGAUAGAUCUCGUGUCACUCCAAAACGACAUCCUGUCAUACCGAAAAGAGCUCGCCUCUUGCGGCACGCAGAAUAUCAUCCACAUCCUCCGCCGCCAGGGCAUGACGACCCAGCAGGCCUUCGACCGGGCCGGGGGCCUCACCGUCACCGCCAUCCGGCGCUGGCACUUGGCGCAGCUCGACAUGCCCAUCUGGGGCGAGGAGGUCGACAGGCAGCUGCAGCGCUACCUGCAGGGGUGCCUGGACUCGUGCAUCGGGAGCCUGAACUGGAGGUUAGUAUCGGCUGUCUGA